AUGUCGGGAAUACUUAUCCUACCCAACGAACUAAUUAUCAAGGUAUUUCAAUAUCUAUCACCUGUGGAAACAAAUGAAUUAAUCCUUCAACUUGGUGAUUUCCGUACUACCCAUGCGCAUCCGAUAAUCAACUUGUUAUAUGAGAGACUUUUCAGUGGCAAAUUGAUGCUUAUAAAUGAUGAACCAAAUGAAACAUUUGAUCCAGAUUUACAAUUGACAUUAAGUUCAUUUCAAGAGAAAUUCAUUGAUGGAAAGAUAAAUUAUGAGAAUUUAUUAUUUCAACUGAUUCGACCUAAUAAAUUAGAAUUUAAUUUCACAAGACAACACGGGGAUUAUAUGAGAUUUAUAUGUAAUUUGAAUCAAUUUCAUGAAAUUUUAUUUGAUCCAAAUAUUCAAAGAUAUUUUGGUAAAGUAUUUCAAGCAGAUGUUUAUGUUGAUGCCAAUUUAGUAUUGAUUGAAAACCCAGAUAAUUUAACCGCGGUGAUCAUAAAAGUAAUUCUCGAAUUGAGUAGACAUGAAGAGUUUAUACAUAAGGUGAAACAUCUAACAGUUAAAGCAAGUGAUAUAGGGAAUAUGUGUGUUCCUCAAUGGUCAUAUUUGUUGGCCAAUUUCACUUCAUUGAUAUCACUUAAUCUACUGCAGAAUUUAUUACGGAGUAACUAUGAAGGAUUUUUGGAUGUGUGGGGUGUACACAAAAAAUUUCCUGACCGUUUGAGGAUAUUGAACCUAGAUUCGAAUAUGUUGACAUAUGUUAGUAAUAAUUUUCUUAAAAAUCUACCUGAUACAUUGGAAGAAUUAUAUAUGAAUCAGAAUGAUAUUGAAAUCAUUGAAAGUUGUGAAUUAGGUGAGGUACUCCCGAAUUUGAAAAGAUGGGAAUUGAAUUACACUAAAUUGAGACUUAUGAAUAGCAUGAUGAUUAGUUCAUGUAAGAAAGGAUUUACAUUUGAGAUUGUUUCUACUUAUCUAUCACUAUAUCAAAUUGAAAAAUUGCACCAAAUUGCCAAACAAAAGGAGUUGAUUUUAGUAUUGUAA